AUGUCGCCUCCACCAAUGCUAAAGACAAUCCGGUCGCUCAAGGAUUCCACGUUCGAAGCCUGCGCAGCCAUCAGCGCACAUUUGAAGGCAUCUGCGUCUGCACCCGCGUCAUCGGAAAUUGAGUUUAAAGCUGGAAGAAAUGACCUCAAGCCUGUGGUUGUAGAAUUGAGACUCCUUGGAGGCGCCCUUCACAGUCUCGAGUCUCUCAUCACUGAGUUGUCAGACAUCGACACAUCUGCCGACAGUACACUCGGCAUCACUCCCAGCGCCUCGGGCUCCGUCUCAGAAAACGACCUGGAACGAGAGUGGGCACUGAUUGAUGGAUGCGAGAUACUGGUCACUGCUCUCAAAUCGUUUCACGCAUACGCAACCUUGGACGGAAUCAAAGCUGCAAGAUCAUCGCUCUUGGAUAUUCGCUCCAAGCUUGCCUUUGUGCUUGGAUCUUCAGAGUCAAUCGAGGAUAUCUCAUUGCAGUUUUCGAUACUUGGUUCGAACUCCAUUCCGCAGCUUAUGGUUCAGAAGAAUGAUGACACAGAGACUGUCGAAUCGCCAGCGCACAUGCGAUACGGUGACGAGUAUGAAGAUCCAAGCCCCGAAGAUGUCUCCGUCUGGUUGACUGUCUUGAAUUCACCAGAAAAUGAGCGCGAGCCAGCAGAGUAUAGUCAAGAGACCGCAUUGGUCCAGUCACGUCGAAUCACGGAGCCGGUGUAUCGAGUGGCAGCUACCAGGUGGCCAGAGUAUGCCGAGAAGUACUGGGCAAAGCUCAGACCACAAGUUUGCUCCCUCUUCAAUAUCCAAAAGUCAUACAGAUUUGUGCAGUGGGCUCUGGAAUACGCGAGGGAGACAUAUCCUCGUACACUGGGUUCCUUGGCUUUAUCUCCAAGGCUGCUGCUUGAACUGACAGAUGCACUUUGCGAUGGAUCAGUGUCUUCGCUUCAUAUUGCUGCCGCUCUUGGUUUACCCAGUCUUUGCAGAGAUCUCCUGUCAAUGGGUGCCGACGUCAACCAAUCGAGUCUCAUGGGCACACCCUUGUAUUGCGCCUUGAUGGGUGGUAAAGUCUUUGCUACCCGCACGGAGCCAGAAUCAUGGACGACUUUACUUGUUGGUGGCGAUUCCAAUGUUGACCAGGCGGCGACCGUUCUAUUGUUCCUUGACAAGGGCGCGGAUUGCACUUACCAGUACUGCUGGAAAAAUGCCACUGAAGAAGUCUCACUGGCGGGUUUGGCGUUUUGGACUGCUAUGAUCAGUAAACAUGAAGCAAUCUUUACACGCAUUGUAAAAGGAGGAGGCAUUCUGGAUCGUGCAUUCCGUCAGUUUUUGCAAAAAGAGACCUUGGUGCGGCGUGGUAUGCUUCACCGGUCCCGAUUUGCACGCUUACUCACUUAUGUCUACGACCUGACAUUGCUUGAUAUCGAAAGAGAAGGUCAAGAAUACCACGAACUGCAAGACCUAGUAUCCAAAGCCAUGAGGCACAGCAACGUCAAGUUCGCCCCUAUGGUCGACGGGAAAAUUGAGACACUGAGUGACGAGAACUUUGCAGAAGUCACCCGAACCGCUGUACUGGAUUUCAAUGUGAAACUGGUGGAACGUUUGACCAAAGAUCCCAGAUUUGACCCUAAUCUACCUUACGAUGGAAGGUCUGGUACAAUUCUUCAUAUGGCUACCGAGGGUGCACAGCUUGACAUCAUGGAUAUUCUUAUUCGUGCUGGAGCCGAUGUGAGAGCCAGAGACUCAAAUGGUCGAACACCACUCAUGGUGAUCGAGGAGGUCGGACCAUUGGCGAAACUAAUUUCGGACCAUGCUGCCCCUACUUACGAUACAGAUAAUGGUGGUCGUAACAUUUGGCACCUUCUCGCGACUACGAAUGAUGUUGAAUUACUAGAGUUUCUUUGGGACAGAGAUCCUCAUAGGCUCUCCAACCUUGACGCAGUGUGUCAAGAUGGACAUACACCGCUAAAGGCUGCCUUUGCCUACGUCAGGAAUCUUGAAGCGCUCCCUAAAGGAUCAAAGGCGAUUGUUCCUUCAGCAGCCAAGUUUCUGCUCGAGAAGUGCCAAGGGAAUUUGCGAGCAGAGGGGAACGAACAGCUAGCCCGCUGGGCCGUCGAAUGGGGCAAUUUUCCGCUCCUCCAGCAGAUAUUUCAGAUCAUUCCCGAGGCCAAUGUGAAGGAUGAAUCACUUCUUAAGUCGCUCAACAUGUCAGCCCACCCAAAGCUCAUCUCACUCGUUCUUAGCAAGUCUGGGCCUUCUCGUCCAUUCCCUGAUGGCACGACGGCGGCAGAGACGGUCAUUACCAACGUCAAGCUUUCAAAAGGCUCAAGCGGUUUCGGCAAACCAACUGCCCAUCCGUCUUGUUUCCCGGCCAUUACGCGUGCCGCCUACUUGGAACUCCUCACUCCGGAAGUUCUCAGGUCUCGGGACAGCCACGGACGAGGCAUCUGGGCGCGAUUCUGCGAUGAUGUUCUCCAGCUGCUCAGCGGUCCAUCGGCUGAGCACCCGUCAAACCUCUACUUCCUUGCGGCUUUCAUGCGCAUGGCUAUAUCGUGCUUGGUCCGUAAAGGUGCCCAUGCUGACUACGAAAAGGAGACAGGCUUGUGGGCGAUCAGCCGCAUAGCCACGCAAACAGACAGCUCUUUGAAACCGGUUUGGAAAGGCUGGCAGUUCCCUUUCAUUUCAGCUGUCUUGGAAGCGAACUCGUCUGAGGAUGAGGACGUUCGUCAAGGUUGUAUUUCCAGUGAUCUGGAAAGAUUUCUUGAUACAUCGGACGCGGCGCGGCUUCUCAAACAAGCAGUGGGUUCCCGCCAGCCAGAAUUUGUCAAGCUGCUCGUUCAAAGCGGCAUCAAUGUGCACAAGCCUUGGGACAUUCUCGGCCACAAAACAGUUUUUGAAUGCUUCCUUGCUGAUCGCCCAGUGGAUGUUGCGAUGAUUCGGCCAUUGCUCAGUAAUACCAAGCCAGAGGAGAUUAUUGUCAGCCAAUACUUUACCUUUCGAGAGGCUAUAUGUACAUCAGAUGAAUCGAUGUCCGUGGAGAUAAUCGGUCAACUCAUUGACUGCGGAAUGGACGUUAACAAGCUACCAGCAAACGAUCGCCAUAUACUUACAGCACCGUGGCUGGAUCCGCCAUACCCCUCAAUGUUGAUGAUGGCCGUCAUGCAUGGGAAGCAUGGUGUAGCACGCAUGUUGAUUGAUCGCGGCGCAGACGCCUCUCUGGCUCCCCCAAAUUCGAUGAGUCCAUAUAUCAUGACUGUCAAAGAGGGUUAUGUGGCUGUCCUAGAAGCCAUCGUCGACAGGGCGCCUAUUGACUUUGACUGGCUAUGCUCGCACGAUUACCAGGAAGAUUCUGACACCUACAAUGCCCUUCAGCUCGCUGCAGUCGGGGGUCACCGCGAUGUUUUAACAACACUCUUGGAAGCCACGCCAUUGAUCAAUAAGAUCAACACCACCAGUCCGCGCCAUUGUAGCUCACCAGCUCAUCUGGCAGCUAGAUCCGGAUCUUUGGACUGUGUUAAGGUUUUGAUAAGAUUCGGAGCAAACUUCCAUGCGAAGGAUUUAUCUGGCAGAACACCUCUUUUCUUGGCUAUUAUUAGCGGCAACCGAGAACUUAUUGACUAUCUCAAGGAGCAUCUAUUGGACCCCGAUAGUGGCUAUGAUCUUGGCAUCUCAUUGCUGAGGCCAGUCUCCCCAGAUCACCAAUUUGAUCGCGAGAUGAUAGAUGUUUCAUCUGAUGAACCUCAUGAAUUCAAAGACCUAGAGCCAAAGCGACUAGGGGCCAUGAUCGCUGACGCGAUCGAUCAUUAUCAGCUCAACCGCGAUGCCCUGUUUGGCUCGUUUCUUGACCAUGCGUCGAAAAAAGACAUAGAGUCAGCAAUCAUGCCAUGUGGAGGAUGUACCCUUCUCAGCUAUACUGCCGCGAAAAAACGUAUUCGCCCUGUGCUGGAACUCUUGGAUUUGGGGUUUAAGGGGUUUGUCGCAGGCUGCGAAGAGCACUGGCCUGAUGGCUACAAUGCACUUGUCAAUGGAUGUAUAGAUCUGAAGUCCCUGAUGGCAUUUGAUAUCUUUAUAUCUGCCGAGAAAGUGUAUUCUUUCUUUGAGAAGUGUUUGGACGCAUAUCUACAAGAGGGGAGGUUAUGGUUUCAUCUCAAAAUAUCUCCUAUCUUUGCACUGUUUGACUUCACCCAGACCACGGGUAAGGCGAGCAUAGAGCAUCAGACUCAUGUCCUUAAAAUAUUUCUUGAUCACCUCACUGAACAUGCCGCGGAAUAUUGGGCUUUGAUGGAAAGAUCUGGAAUUCCCAACCUCCACGACUUUUCCAAAGAAGAGAAUAUUGCAAAGAGGGUCUUACACUUCGCUACAAACCUGCGCAGUCAACCCUAUACAGAAGAUAAUCGAUCACUCGACACCACGGUAUUACAUGGCUUAAUGCGAUCCUACGUGCGAGAGAACAUUAUGGCCAGAAGCUAUGAGCCGUAUAUCAACGCGGCCAAUCUUCUUCUCGAUAGCGGAAUGGAUAUCAAUGCGCAAGACAGAAGCUUGACCACACCCUUGCAUUUGGCUGUCGACUAUGGCAUUCUACCCUUCGUCGAUCUCCUCUUGGAAGCAGGCGCCAACCCAAAUGUUGCUAAUGCCGACGGUAUAUCCCCUCUUACAAUGUCUGUUCAUAGCGGGCCCCUCGACGUAACUCGCUCUCUACUGAACCACGGCGCUGAUCCCGCAAUCUUCACUGGCGUCACCAUUGCCGACAUUGAGGGGGAGCUGGAAAUGUUACACGAGUUGUUAGAAAUGGGCCUAGACCCAUAUGGUUGCGUCCCUGGUCUGCCGAGUACUCUUGCAAGUUUGAUUUCCUGGAGCCCAGGAGCAAGAUCAUAUGCACUGAACGGGAACUUUGACUUCUACCAGGUCGUGGAGCGAGAAUCGUUCCUCUUCUGCAUAAAUUUCGGCGAGGCACCAUCAUUCCCACCUAUCGGGCUCAAGGCGAUCAUGAAACGCCUACCGCAAGAGUGUCUAGUUGAUCUCGUGAACUUUGAACAACACGCCGGUCUCAGCCCGGGAUGUAUCGCUAUCCUCGGUGAUAAAUCGGAGUAUUUGAAACUGUUACUCGAUGCCGGUUUAGAUAUCGAGCGCGAGUGGCACGACAAGGGGACAGUACUAAUGUUUGCUGCCAGUCUUGGGGCAUCUGGUUGCUUCAAGACACUUGUUCGGUACGGGGCUAUGCUUUCGUACCUGGGGACUGGCAGAAGAGGUGAAGUCGUGGUUAAGUCUAUAGUGGAAGAAGUAAGACGCUAUCCCAAACUUCUGCAGUGGCUUUUCGUCGAUCGUCACUACGAGACAAAAUGUCUCACGGCAGUGGAACAUUCUGGACCGUUUGCUGCUACCAAGCCAUGGUCUGGUCCACACAAGGCAGCGUACAGUUUUGCAGGUUGCGGUGAAGAAUACCCACGGCUGCGAAGCGAGUCUAUGAUAGACUACCUCUGUCGGGCGGCGAGAGUGCGCAGAGAUCUGAGAGGAAAAACACUGCCCGUCACUCUUGUAGACUAG